AUGGCAGGCAGGCUCCGGCACAUUCCGGCACCCUUGACGCGGCUAAAGGCAAGAAUACGCCAGAGUUUGGUAAACGGCUCCGGGUUUCCGUCCCAGAAGAAACCAAAGGCUGGGAAGGAAUCCACCGCGCCAUCCACAGGCCCUGCCCCUGGGGCAGACCCUCCACUUCUUGUUGGGCAAACAUCCUGCGGAAAGGAACGAGGUGGAAACGAUACAGCUGAUGACGUGAUGUCUAGGCAAGAAGAUCAACCCGGGGUGAUUUGUGACAUCUCCACCAAGGAAGAAGGUCAGAAUCAUGUUGUUAUGGCGACUGGAGACCGCACCGAGACUCGCACAAGUCUGUCCAACAAAUGUUCUCAAGACCAAUCAUCACAUGAAUCUGAUGAACAUGUGAAUGGAAUAAAUCAUCAGCAACAAUUUUGGACCGACUCGCCAUCCGACCAUCUCUUCGAACUGAGCGAGGGGCUUUGGAAUGAAGCCUAUCCUAGCCUCAAAAUUGAUGAGCCCGAACUAGUCUCUCUUUACGAGGAGAUGAUGCACCAGUGCUGGACGCCGAAUUCCCCAAAGAGUUCGAUUGCGAGCCUUCCACAUAGCGAAGAGGCCGUUGAUAACAUAAUAGAAGACAACAGUAAGCCACUCUGGGCAGAGCAGGCAAAAUUCCUGGAGGUUUGGAUGGCCGAAAAAGACGACCCAGGAAGACAAUGUGAUAAACCCUUCAACGCUAAGCAGAUGAUUAUCUUAUUUAAAGAUAUUGUUCGGCCAUCGGCCUUGAGCAUGACUGGGGCUGCUGUACCGUGGGUUGCUGCAUGCCUUGCCGCAAAGAGUCUAUUUCGUCAUGGUGUACUAUUUGGCCCUGUUGCUAUUGGCUUCAUUGAACUCCUCUCGAAAAUCGAUGGCCUCCGGAGGCUGUCACUUCUUUUACCAGGCGAGACGGCAAACACCUCGGAUACAACAAAAAGUGGACAGAAUCGUGCAAGAGAUGCAUUAGUAUCUCUCUAUGCGGCAGUGCUGUUGUACAUUGUCCGUAUUGCAUGUUCGACUACGGACAGGAGCAUGAUUGUUGAACCCGGAGCGAUCGACCAGCUUUCCGAUCGCACCCGACAAAUGGAGGGUGCAUUCACUGCUAGUUUCGACAACAAGAUUGGGAAUGAGCUUCGCGACUUGUUUUCUCAGGCCGAACAUGCCAAACAUGCCGAACAUCCAUCAACUCCAUCUGGCGGGAGUGAGAAUGACAAUGACAAACUGCCUUCCAACCUUGUCUUGAGCUUCGAGGAUUCAGAAGAGAUGCUGCAAAAGGCAUGCCACGAUGGGAAACUACCAGAACACUUGCUCAAAUGGAUUCUCUCGACGCAAGAGUAUUGCAAGUUCCACAGAACGGAGAACACAGACGAAAACCGGGUUCUUUGUGUUUCGGGGUCUCCAGGUGCUGGCAAGUCAAUGGUCCUUCUGAGGAUUGCCCAACAUUUGACGCGGCUCCAGGAUCCUAGCAGCAAUGAUGAGAAAGUUGCAUGUUUUUUCGGAAACAGAUCUAGUUUUGUCUUAGAAACCCCAGCAGCAAUUGUGCACAGUCUCACCCGACAGAUAAUUCGACAUCGACCACCUCUAUUCCACCACCUUGAAAAAGUGUACAAGUUAACAAGGAGGCAAGUCCUCGACCGGACAACAGACGCAUUCGCAGUCUCCGGGGUUCUGUUCAGAAUUCUAGAAGACCCAGACUGUCCAGAAAUUUGUUUCAUUGUCGACGCGAUCGACGAGUGCUGCUCUGACGAAGAUGAUGUCGAAGGGCUAGACAAUCUCCUCAGGUUGAUUUGCGCGACCAUACGGCGAUGUCCCAAAGUCCGAUGGGUAAUCUCUAUGAAUCCUGCCAUUGAGAAGCGCGUGUCUCUGGGCGAGUCAAUUGUCCUUGACCUCGAUUCCAAAAACAUGGCAGCGGUUUUUAAACAGAGUGUUGGCUCCAAAGUCGCAGCUGUAGUCGGUGACAUUCGCCUGCCCGACGACAAAAAAGCACUUCUCCAGGACCAUCUCGCUGAGAAGUCGCAAGGGAAUUCGUUGUGGAUGAACACGGCUUGUAAAAUCAUGCAACACCAUCCAUUUUUGUGGGAUAUCAUGGAUGUGCUUGAGGAACUACCAAAUGAUCUGGAAGGAUUGUACAACUAUUCCAUGGCGACAAUUAGAAAACUUCCCCCAAAGACUUUCGACUUUUGCCGGCAAAUCCUUCAAAUCGCGGCCGCGGCAUACCGGCCUCUAUAUCUCUGGGAACUGCACGCCUUGGCAGAACUGCCCGCUGUUGUGGAUGUCAAGUUCAUCAUUGCCAAAGGGUGUUGUGCAUUCCUGGAACUACGUGAUGAUAUAGUACGGUUUGUCCACUCCUCGGCCAGGAGUUAUGCCCGGAAGACUCUGCUUCAGGAGUCAAAGAUGCGUGGAGAAUUUGUGCUGCGGUGCCUCCAAUUUCUCCCGAACCAUUUCAGAACGGCUGUAGUCGCAGAGCCUCAAACGGAGAAGAAGGAAUACACCCCCCUUCUGUGCCACUACUGGCACCACUGA